GGUAUACAGAAUGGCCCAAACCGAGAAGAAAGGUGGGCUGCUCCGGAAAUCUUCAGCCUCCAAGAAGCCACUGAAAGAGAAAGUGGUGUUGAUGUAUGAUGAAAUUUUCAUGACAGAGGACCCCAGUAAAUGCAACCCUAGGUUUUGGGAAGAGCUGUUUCUCAUGAAGGUCAACCUGGAGUAUCUAGAAGGCAAGCUGGAGGCUCUGGAUGGGGAAGAAUUAAUGAAGAUAAAAGAUAACAUCAACUGCUUGUUUCAGCACUGCAUCCAGGCCCUGGGUGAGGAGCACCCAAUCAGAGUGGUGAAUGCAUUACAGACUUUGUGUGCAUUAAUUCGGGGUGUCCAUCAGAAGAACAAAUCCACUUCUGGGUUUGACAUCAUCAACAUGCUUGUGGGUUUUGACAAGGCAGAGCUAUGUAUGAAGAAUCUGAUGGAGAGCUUGGACUCCCUUCUCUGUGCAGAAGGUUCUGAAAGCCUCAAGAGCUUGUGUCUGAAGCUACUUCUCUGCUUGGUGACAGUGACAGAUAACAUUAGCCAGAACACUAUCCUGGAGUAUGUGAUGAUUAACAGCAUAUUUGAAGCUAUUUUGCAGAUCCUGUCCAGCCCUCUUAGUCGCAGGGAACAUGGAUAUGAUGCUGUGGUCCUUCUGGCCUUGCUGGUCAAUUACAGAAAGUAUGAGUCAGUGAAUCCCUACAUUGUGAAGCUCUCCAUUGUGGAUGAUGAGGCCACGCUCAAUGGAAUGGGACUUGUAAUUGCCCAGGCUUUAUCGGAAUAUAACAGGCAAUACAAAGAUAAAGAAGAGGAACAUCAGACUGGUUUCUUCUCAGCCCUGACUAAUAUGGUGGGCAGCAUGUUCAUAGCAGAUGCUGAUGAGAAGAUCUCUGUCCAAACAAAUGAAGCAAUCCUUCUUGCCCUCUAUGAAGCUGUUCACUUAAACAGGAAUUUCAUCACAGUUCUGGCACAAAGCCAUCCUGAAAUGGGCCUGAUGACAACACCAACGAGCCCAGUUCCAAUGACACCUGUCACUCCACUUGGAACCACCCCGCCUUCUUCAGAUGUUAUAAGCUCUGCAGAGCUGCCUUUGGAUGCUGAUGUGCAAACUAGCAACCUGUUGAUAACCUUCUUGAAGUACAGCUCAAUUGUGAUGCAGGACACAAAAGAUGAGCACCGGCUGCACAGUGGCAAGCUGUGCCUCAUUAUCCUGACGUGCAUAGCAGAGGAUCAAUAUGCUAAUGCUUUUCUUCAUGAUGACAACAUGAAUUUUCGUGUAAACCUACACAGAAUGCCAAUGAGACAUCGGAAGAAAGCAGCAGACAAGAACCUGCCCUGUCGCCCGCUGGUGUGUGCGGUGCUCGAUUUGAUGGUGGAAUUCAUUGUAACACACAUGAUGAAAGAAUUUCCUAUGGAUCUCUAUGUACGGUGCAUUCAGAUUGUGCACAAGCUGCUGUGCUACCAGAAGAAAUGCAGAGUGAGGCUUCAUUACACUUGGAGGGAGCUCUGGUCAGCUUUGAUCAACUUGUUGAAGUUCCUCAUGUCUAAUGAGACUGUGUUGCUGGCCAAGCACAACAUCUUCACCCUUGCUCUUAUGGUUGUGAACCUGUUCAACAUGUUCAUCACUUAUGGAGACACAUUUCUGCCCACUCCCAGCAGCUAUGAUGAGCUGUAUUAUGAAAUCAUUCGGAUGCACCAGAAUUUUGACAACCUUUAUUCUAUGGUUCUAAGGCUGUCUACCAAUGCUGGUCAAUGGAAGGAGCCUGCAAGCAAGGUGACCCAUGCAUUAGUCAAUAUUAGGUACUCAGUUAAAAGGGUUUGCUUGAUGUGGAAUGAUGCUGCUGUGGAACCCUACUAAGGCCCCAUCUGCUAAGAGCUUGUAUUGAUUUGUGUCUUAGUUUAUAAAAGCCUUCAAUUCACCUUGUGUAAAUGCCAUAAAUAAUGCAGAUGUACUAGAUGAAAUGUGCUGUGGGAACAUCCCAGAAAUUAUUUUGGUCUGGGCUGAGCAGAGCUAAUCUAAUCAUAGUUAGGAGUUUCUCAAUAGCUGUGAAGCAAAAACUGUAUUGUCUUAUUCGAGCUUAAUGUAUUAGUCAAUACACAGGGGCAGGAAGAUCGGUAUUUGGAAGUGGUAAUCCACUUAAAUGAAAACAAGAAUUUUUAAUGUUAAAAUAUUACAAUACUUCAGGUGAAAGCAUUUGUAGUUUAUAUAUGUACACACGCAGCGGAAGUAUAGUCAAGUCCAGUCCUGCACCUGUGAUUUAUCUGCAUAAUCCUAACAUUUGUAUGCCUCUUUGUCACCAGGAUUGCAGUGCUUCAGAGGCUAUAUGUAUAUAUACUAGAUAAAUCAUUUUGCCCACUCAUAGCAAACAGCCACUUUGUGCCAGCAACAUUGCAGAAUGCAUUUUAGAACAUAGGGGACAUUGAUGAAUAAUUUGUCCUUUUGAAAUUCUGUGGGCUUUAGGGCACCAAAAUAUAUUUCAGGUUGGACUAGGUCCAGAUGUGUAUGAGAGCUCCUUGGCAGUCUUGUAGAAAGCAUAUGGGAGUUUUAAAGGUGACCUCUUUUUAGAAAUUUAAUUGGAUUUUUGUUCUAUUCAAUUAUGUGUAAAGAAAGCAAAAAGGUAAAGGGAUGUGGUAUUUCUUAGAUUGUUCAGUUAGGAAUAUCCAUCAUAUCAAGGCUGAUUUUUCUUCCAAGUGGUCUGUGGGCAUGACAUCUUGAGUUCUGUGCAUUGGAGAGAUCAGCUGAUGUGCAGUGGUUCCUGUAGAGGAAAGAGAAUGUAUUUGUAUGCUCAUAAAUUGAUUCUAAUCAAUGCUUCCCUGGCAGUUACCACAAUUGCAAAAUGAAGAAUGUGUCUACGUGCUAUUAGCAUUGUUAAUUGAGAAGAAACAUGGAUGCAGCCCAUUGUCAGAGCUGAGACUUGCCUUCCUCUCAAUUUUCUGCAAUUGAUGGCCCCAAAACUGCUGAUGUGAUCAAAUAGAACACCGCAGACAGCGAUAUGACAUGUCCAGGACUCAGGAAUUCUGCCUCAAAUUGUUUAUCAGCAAGCAUUUGGUCUUGGCUAAAGCAGACAGACCAUACAGUUGUCCAUUGGCAAAGAGUUUUUAGAGAUUUGGGGUCAUAUGUCAGCAUUGAUUGCUGAAGGACUUCCAGGAGCCUAGAUGAAUUUGGAGAGCUUUUGAAUGUCAGCACAGGGCAAGACUUCAGAACUCCUUGAGAUUGCUGCUGGUGUGACUUGGCUUGAUGUUGGUUCCCCCAAGUAUUAUUUGCUGCCAAUUAUAACUCAUCUGCUCACCUGGAAAGCUCAUGACAGUAGAAAGAAGUAGUAUUUAAGAGCCUUUCUGUGUCAGUUUUUUAGCAGAGAUUGCUGAGGUUCUGUGGAUAUGCAAAACUCGUAGUGUUUCCUUUGGAGGUAGUAGUGACAGUGCUGGAGAUUCGAAGAGUGAAUGAUGUGACAAAGCACUUGUGGAGCAUCCCUAGAGGACAAGGAGGGUACCUUUCUUAGGUGAUAAGCAUGAAAACAGUGCUAUGUAAGUUUUCCAAUGAUCACAAGGCACAUAGGACUUUCUUAUGAAUAUUGCAAGUUACUGGAAGACUGGCAGAAGGUUAAAUCAUGGAGUAGAUGAAGCAUGUGAUCUGAAUUGCUUUUUAACCUGUCAGGUAGUUCUUGAAAAAACAAGUGCCAGUUUGCAAAAAGGGGCUGUGUCUUGAAAAGCAGUGUUUCAAGAAGCAUUGCCUGACAGUUUUACUCUAGGUCUUUUGUGAAACAUUCGGCUAAAGAGGUUUAUUUAACCCCAGAAAUAUUAACAAGAGACAGAAAGUGAUUUUAUGAUGGUAUAUAUUUUGCAUUUUUUUUCUGGUGUCUGUUUCAAAAAAGGAUGUUGAAUAACUGGAGAAAGUACAGAGAAGCCAGAGUUACAAGAAACUAGUGAGAAUGCUUUCAAGAUUCAAGUAUCAUAGUCUCUUUAAAACAAAAGUGGUAUGCUCUUUAGUGUUCAAGCAUCUUUGAUGAGAUAAAAUACCAAAACAGAAAAGAAAUGUAAGGCUAGACACUGAAACCAAAUUGCAGCUGCAAAUUACGUACCCUUUUCUUAAUAGGUAAUUAAUCACUGUAAUAAAUGACUGAAGGAAUAGGUUUUCUCCUCCUGUUCCUAUCUGAUAGAAUACCUUGGUGAAAGGUGCUCUACCUAGCUACUGACAUGAAAGUAAUGGUGUAAGGGUAAUGUUGAAAAAUGUGGUAUACAGAAAUUCAGAUAAGCUGAUUUACUAACUUGUAGUGUCAUGAAUCAGCUAGAUGGAAUCAAAGGUAUAAUUUUGCAUUCAAAAUUUGACAAAUUCAAUCUGGAUUCUUGUGUUUUCUGCUUUUAUCUUUGCAAUGAGAGAUUUCUCCUCCAGUACAUCAGUUAUAGGCAUACUGAAAUUUAUCCAUGGAGCAAUUAAACAGAAGGGCAGCCCUGAGAAUUAUUUUGAGACAUUUUUGCUCUUACGACCACUAAGCAGAGGUAAGAUUCAAGGAGAUGUCAGUAGGCCACAAGCAUUUCAUUUUUCUGCAGUUUGCAGUCACCAUGAUGGCUGUGCUGGAAGAGUAGGACCCAGCAAGGAAGGGUGGAGAAAUUGUUCACUAGCUUAACCUCCAAGUGAAAUUAUUGUAUCUGUAAUUUAAAUUUUCAGUAGUACAUGUUUCAGUUUUUUUAGGGGACAAGGGAUUUUUCCCAUUGUGUUUCAGAAAGGAGAGAGUUUUGUAUCUGUUGUAAUAGCAAAAGAAAGCUACAGUGCUUCAGAGAGGCCUUAAAAAUAAGGUUUUAUUGAGUGAAUUUUGCUCAAUUUUCCAUGUUUAGUCUUGGAAUUAAUGGACAGUAAAUGAUGCUAGGCAUGGUCCUCAAACCCAGAGAAGGGUUAAGUAUGCUGAUCAUUUCAGCAGUCUCUCUUUUUUUUUAAAGUGCAUACAUAUAGAGUAAGCUUAAGUGUUGGUAUUCUUGAGCACUGUGAUCUUGAGGAUGCCAAGACACCCUUUGCCACAAGGGGACCUGUUUAUCAGCUGCAGGGUCUGGAGCCUGGCACCUGGGAGAGUCCCCCUGUAUCCGUGUAUGCUGAUAAUCUGCAAUUGGAACACGACUGGCAGUCCUGGAGCAAUUCUUUGUGUGUAAAAGUAGAGGGGGAGCUGAAUUGGUGAUGCCCACCACCAGGAGAAGGGAAACUGUGCUGGACUGUGCUGUGGUGUGUUGUGGUGAAUCCCAGCUCCUGCCAGGGCUGGAAAAGAACUCGACCUUCAGCAGCUGUCUGACUGCAGCUUUCCUGGAAUGGUUAAAAAUACUUAAAAGUGAUGGUGUGAUUGACGAUAUGUUAAAAACCAUUAAAGGGAGCAGAAAAGCAGUCAAUA